UGAAAUCCUCUUCUGAAAAGUGGGCAGAGGAGUCGACCGACCGUAGAAGGAAACGCAACCAUGAUUGUAAAAAAACAGAAGUAUCGCACUGAAGUAUUGUAACGAGCUUGUCUAUUUAGUUUUCAAUAGAUAUCAACUAAAUUUCUCAUGCGGAUGCAUUCCAUGAUUUUAUUGUAACGAAUUGUUGAGCUUCGUUGAAGUCUCGGAUCAAGGUUUGCAUCUGCGCUGUCGCCGGGUGCUACGUGCGAGACUCUAACCAGCUUUUUCUCCAACCAAGACGAAAAUGGAUUGUAUAGUUUCGUUUAUCCUGAAUUUCUCAACAUGCUAUGACUCGCCAAGGCUUUGUUCACUUUCUACAUUCACUACCCCUGUUUGUACGAUGCUUACCGCGCGAAAUAAGUCUAACCACCACUCGCAGGAAAAUGUCUCCCAUACCGCGGACAACAUGGACGAUGGUAUUCACUUGAACAGGAGAGCUAACCGGUAUGCUAUUGCUAGCCUUUCGGUGUAAGAAGAUAGAUAAGCGACAACAGUAAUGGAUGUUUCACCGGCAAUUAUGGACAGUGCUCUGGAGUGCACACCAAGUUAUUCUCAAAUGUGUCGCUAGCAACUUCCAACGAAACGAACAGCUCUCAAAAUCAAGAUUACGUUAGCUAGCCCGGUAACAGCUGCUCAAACUAGCAUUAUUAGCACUAGUUAGCUAGAUAACUAACGUUGGUUCUUGUUAUCCUUUAUAGCCAGACUAAAGUUUGAUUUAGCAUGUUUAUUUUGGCAGUCUAGUUAAUACACGAGGUAUUAAUAUAUUGUGAACUAGCUACUAUAUGUCAGCGUGUUAUAUUGUCCUACACGUGUACGUUAGCUAGUUAACUAACCAAAAAGCUUUAACAAACUUCCCAGCAGCAAGCUGUCAAGCGGUAUUCUUGAUCUAAACUUUACUAAUGUAUCUUGCAUAGUGACCAUUUGUUAGCCACAAGCCAGUAUUGAGAAUGUUUAGAAACAUGAAUCGCGAGGAACACUUUUCUGGUGUGAAGACGCCUACAUCCACUCCCGCCGGGCAUGGAGUGGCCUCUCCCCGACAACCAAACCAGGACCGCUCGUGGAUGGGCUUGUUCUCCGCGGUUUCUAGGCCUGCCCUGUCAUUUCUGCAAAAGUAUAUACCAUGGCGCCCUAGUACUCCUGCCAUGCCUCACAAUGUGACAGGGUGGGUCAGUGGGAAUUUCAAAGAUAACUUUGUAGAGGCAGAAAGUGCAUUUUUAGGACAACUGGACGACGUCUUGCCUGGAACUCAACACCAUGCACAUCAUCUAUCGUACCUGCAAUACCAGCAUGGUAGCCCUGGGCUAGCAGCGUCAGGUAAUAGUACUCCGAGUUGGUUGACAGCAGAUUCUCUUUACGAGUUAGGGAUUCAAAAUGCUGCUGAAAUGGACUUAAAUAUAAGGCAACAAACUUCGGUAGGAUACCUCGCAAUCGCGAGAGGUUUUCUCAGUCAUGUUUUGUUGAACGCAGCGUCGGCUCAGGAAAUGAAAGACCAAGGGCAUGUACUUGGUGGAAACGGUUGGUCAUCUGACGCGUUGUCAGCCAGAGAAAAUAGUACCGCUGAUAACUGGUGGGUGGGCUUUGGGGAACCAGUAGCGCCCAAGGGUGGCUGUCAAAUUUGUCUUGGAGAAAAGAGGGCACUGGGAAAAACAACAGUAAUGGUCAUUGUUUUCAACCGGAGUGUGGUACAAAGGCUACGGUUACCAAGCCAACAGGGCUGUUUGUUCCGUUAGAUGAUAAUGAAUCAAUGGAUGGCAAAAGCAUUGGUUCCUCCUGCAACAAAGAGGAGCCAAAUGACAAUGGAAGCCUUCAAACAGCCACCUGGCCAGAGUCUCUCCCUUUCCCUGACAGUUUCCCAUUAGAUCACUGGAAAACAGUCGGUAUCAGUGAUCAUCUUGUCAGAGUUGGAGCUGUCACUGCCUGCAGUGAGGUGGCAGUUUUUACCCCUGACCAGGAUAAUGGUUAUUCCAGUCUGGAAGAAGAACACUCCACCUCCAGACUGUACAUGUUAAGGCCUCCCAUUGAAGAGCUACAGGGGAUCACAGAGAUGAAGGAAGAGACCAUCACAUCUGACACACCAACACAGGGGAGCUCUGGAGAGAGUGGGCCAGAGAGGGAUGCAUCCAAUCAUAGAGAAGUGGGUGAGACUGCUGCCACUGGAGGGAUGGAAUUAGAGGAAGAGUUUGAGGACUCUGAGGAAGAGGAAACGGCGGCUGAGGGUCCACCAGUGUCUACCACCGCUCUGUCCCCCUCCACACCCCAGUGCAGUAACAAGGCCAUCGCCUACAUCAUGGGCAGCCCCUGCAGCGACGACAGCCAAUCAGACGACUCACUCAGUGAGGAGGAUGACGAUGGUUUCGACAGCGAGGGCUCGUCAGAAUUCUCCAAUUCCGAGUUGUUGGAUGAUGAUGAAGAGGAGGAUGACUCUGAGACUGAGAGACUGUGGAACUCGCUGUGCCAAAGCAGGGACCCCUACAACCCCCAAAACUUCACCGCCCUCAUUACCAACCCCAGGACCAUCCCCUCCACCUCUACAGCCACCACAGCCUGCUCCCCUCACACCUCACCCCCAGAGCAACCUCCCUCUCCCCUCUCCUCUUCUUCCCCCUCUCCUGCGGAGGAGUUUGGCUCGGAGUCCAGCAGCAGUGAGGUGGAUGAGGCUGAGAGCCUGAGGCUGUGGGACUCCUUCAGCACCUCCUCAGACCCCUACAGCCCAUUCAACUUCCAGGCCCUGCUCAGGACUAGAGAGCCAGUCUGGACAAGGGUAAAAGCCGGGACAGGGGCGCGCUGUAAGAAGAGCAGCAAGACAACCCCCCGUCAUGGACAGGGACAGAGCCACUCAGCCCCCCAGUACAGGAAGGAGGAGGCAGAGGAGAGACUGGACAGUGGCUUCUCAGAGAUCCCUCCCACCCCAGAGAUCACCACCACGGGCUGCGUCACAGUCAAAAAGGUGGGUUUUUGUGAUGAUGUGGAUGAGUUCUACGCCAGCGAGGACGAUGAGGACAGGCGUGGGCCGUGGGAGGAGCUAGCCAGAGACCGCUGUCGCUUCCUCCGCCGUGUUCAGGAGGUGGAGGAGAGCAUCGGCUACGUGUUCAGCUCCACCUUCCGCCUCACCGUCUGCCAGAGACAACACCACAGCUGACCUCUGACCCCUACAACACAACUGAUCGUAAAUCCUGUUUCUCUGUGACCCUCUAACACCCCUCCCUGUCCCUAAAUCCUAUUUUCAACAGACUGCAUUAGAACUUCUUAGUCAUCCCCCCUACCCAGUGAUCCUCCCCUACUCCCAAACCUUCAGACAGGAUGUGCAGAAAAGACCACUUCAGAGCUGUUGACGACACCAGUGGUUUCCAGACUGUUGACUAGACCAGUGGUUUCCAGACUGUUGACUAGACCAGUGGUUUCCAGACUGUUGACUAGACCAGUGGUUUCCAGACUGUUGACGAGACCAGUGGUUUCCAGACUGUUGACUAGACCAGUGGUUUCCAGACUGUUGACGACACCAGUGGUUUCCAGACUGUUGACUAGACCAGUGGUUUCCAGACUGUUGACUAGACCAGUG